AUGACAGACACGGGCACUGUUAGAACCAUUAUUGGCAUCAUUGGAAAUGUUAUAUCUUUCCUCUUAUUUCUCUCUCCCAUUCCCACAUUUGUGAGGAUUUUCAAGGAGAAGGCAGUGAAAGAUUUCAAAUCCGAUCCCUAUGUAGCCACCUUGCUUAAUUGUGCAAUGUGGAUCUUCUAUGGCUUACCUUUCAUCACUGAGCAUAACACCCUUGUUGUUACAAUCAACGGUAUUGGUUUUGGCAUAGAGUGUGUCUAUGUUGCCAUCUUCUUCGUAUACUCUCCCGGGAAAAAGCGAACCCGGAUCCUCCUUGAACUGCUUGUUGAAGUGAUCUUCAUGGCCAUCGUAAUCCUGAUUACCGUUUUGGCCUUCCAUGCCAUGAAAACAAGGGCUUUGUUUGUCGGGAUAUUGUGCAUCAUCUUCAACAUAUGUAUGUACUCGUCACCAUUGACAGUCAUGAGAAUGGUAAUUAAGACAAAGAGUGUCAAGUAUAUGCCAUUUUAUCUCUCUCUUGCUAACUUCACCAAUGGACUGAUUUGGAUGGUUUACGGACUCCUUAGGUUUGAUAUCAACAUUGUGCUUCCCAAUGGCUUGGGAGCGUUAUCGGGGAUGAUUCAACUCAUACUCUAUGGAAUCUACUACAAAUCGACCAAAUGGGAUGAUGAUGAUGAUGAUGAUGUUUCUGGAAACCGAUCUGAGGUUGAACUCUCCUCUGCUUAG